CAUUGACUGUCUUAAAUUUUCUUGGCCCACGUAUGGCUUCUAGCCAAGAAACUAUCAAUACUACCUGUAAGAGAUAUCAAGAAAAAGAAUAGCGUCAUACAACCCUGUGGAGAUGGCAGGGAUUAGUUGCUAUUCUCCUUCAUUACUCUCUUCUCGGAGCACCUUGGGAUCAUCUUUGUUGGUUGUCAAAUAUCGAGGAGGGGUCGUGACAGGGAAACCUCUUAGGAGGAGAGCAUUUGAAAUUAAAGCAGAAGUUGACUUCGUGAAUGCUGACGAGGCGAAGAAACUUGUAGCUGUUGAGGGAUAUGCAGUACUAGAUGUGCGCGACAAAUCUCAAUUUGAGAGAGCUCAUAUCAAAAACUGCUAUCAUGUACCGCUUUUUGUUGAGAACACAGAUAACGACUUAGGGACGAUAGUAAAGAGGCAGAUGCACAACAAUUUUGCUGGUUUAUUUUUUGGAUUGCCAUUUACUAAGCCCAAUCCUGAGUUUCUGCCAUCUGUUAAAAGUCAAUUUUCUCCUGAAAGCAAGCUGCUACUUGUCUGUCAAGAGGGUCUGAGGUCCGCAGCUGCUGCCCAGAGAUUAGAGGGAGCAGGUUAUGACAACAUAGCAUGCAUAACAUCAGGUCUUCAGACCGUAAAACCUGGAACGUUUGAUUCUGUCGGUUCAAAAGAACUGCAAGAUGCUGGCAAAGCGGGUCUGGUUACCAUACAGGGAAAGAUUUCAGCAGUUCUUGGAACUGUGCUUAUCUGUGCACUUCUAUUUGUAACAUUCUUCCCUGAUCAAGCAGAACAGAUUCUUCAAAUGGUUCCUUCAAGCUAACACCUAAACUUUUGCUUGGUGUUUCCAGUAGAAGAGUAGAACGUAUUUGUGUAGAGAGGAAACUGUUUGAUAUUGGAAUACUAGCAUCAUCGCGAUUUUGUACAUGUCUUACUUAUUGGUAAAAACGCAAAUUGCUUGUUCUUAAUGAAAUGUUAAAGGCUUUUGUUUUUGUUA